AGCAGCACACACGGAACGUCUUUUUAAAGACGCGUCUUUUUAAAAAUGCCUUUCCGAUUGUGUGUUAUUCCUGGUUGUGGUCGUUAUCUCUCAACUAUGGAUGGUCAUGAUUGCUGUCUUUCAUGUCUGGGCGCGACCCACAUGGAGGCAGCGUUUGUGGAUGGUUCAUGUUCUUAUUGCAAGAACAUGACCAUGGCAAUGUUGUGGUCGUGGCUUGCUUUCGUGUAGCCCACCGCAGGAAGCUGAUGCCACCCGUCUCACAGUCGGCGCCUAAGAACCCACAGAGGUUGUCAAAGUGCCCCUGAGAUGGGCGACCCAGGGACGAGGGAACCCACACACCUGGAGCUGGUAAGAAGACCACUCCAUCCCCCGGUGGAGGGCCAGGUGGAAAAUAUUUUGUUGCCUUUUUGUAUGAUUUCGCCGCAUUUCCAAGUGGCUGUGGUACCCAACAGUUCAGCAAAAGAGCGGCUUCCUUCCUCCCUGGGUCACAUACCCGGUGUGCACGGUCGUCAUCACGACUACCGUCCACGGGUUUUUUCUUGCAGGAUUGGCGCUACAGUGGUGGUCUUUCCACCCCUGAGUGCCCAGCUGUGGAACACAGCCGCCCCCGAUGUGGCAGUCUCCACGGGUUACGAGGACAGGCCUCUUCCUCCCCCAUCCCAGGCUGUUCCGGGGGUGGUCACAGGGAGCCAGGUAAGUGCUUCGAUGUCCCUAGAUUCAGCAUGGCCACAACGUGGUGUGGCACCUCGAGCUCCACCCCGCCGCGAGGCCCCACCUGCCGGUAUGUCCGACGACGUCCCCUUGGUUCCCCUUGCACGGAACUUGGACACGUGGCUUGCGCUUUCCAAUCCGUCACGAUGGCUGAUCCGGACCGUCCGACACGGCUACGUGAUUCAGUUCGCCAGGCGCCCGCCCAGGUUCAGUGGUAUUCACUUCACCUUGGUCAAGAGCAAAAACGCUGCUACCUUGCACGCGGAGAUCGCUACCCUCCUACGGAAGGGCGCGAUAGAACCUGUCCCUCCAGCCGAGAUGAAGAAGGGGAUUUACAGCCCCUACUUCAUCGUACCGAAAAAAGUCCUGCGAGUACUGAACCGGGCCUUACACAGACUCCCGUUCAAGAUGCUGACGCAAAAACGCAUUCUGGUGAGCAUCCGGCAUCAAGAUUGGUUCGCGGCGGUAGACCUGAAGGAUGCGUACUUCCACGUCUCGAUCCUUCCUCGACACAGACCCUUCCUGCGGUUUGCAUUCGAGGGUCAGGCAUAUCAGUACAAAGUCCUCCCUUUUGGCCUGUCCCUGUCUCCUCGCAUCUUCACGAAUGUCGCAGAGGCUGCCCUUGCCCCGUUAAGGGAGGUGGGCAUUCGCAUUCUCAACUACCUUGAUGACUGGUUAAUCCUAGCUCACUCUCGAGACAUGUUGUGCGCACACAGGGACCUGGUGCUCUCACACCUCAGCUGAUUAGGGCUUCGGGUCAACUGGGAAAAGAGCAAGCUCCUCCCGGUUCAGAGCAUCUCUUUUCUUGGUUUGGAGUUGGACUCAGUCUCCUUGACGGCACGCCUUAUGAACGAGCACGCCCAGUCGGUGCUGGCCUGUUUGAAGGCGUUCAAACAGAAAACAGCGGUUCCACUGAAACUUUUCAGAGGCUCCUGGAGCAUAUGGCAUCCUCGGCGGUGGCCACCCCGCUCGGGUUGAUGCAUAUGAGGCCGCUUCAGCACUGGCUCCAGACUUGAGUCCCGAGAUGGGCAUGGCACCACGGGACACAUCGCGUGGUCAUCACACCGGUCUGUCACUGUCUUUUCAGCCCUUGGACCGACCUCUUGUUUCUACGGGCAGGUGUUCCUCUAGGACUGGUCUCCAGGUGCGUCGUGGUCAAGACAGACACCUCCAAAACGGGCUGGGGCACUGUUUGCAAUGGGCACACAGCCACCGGCCUCUGGACGGGUCCGCGACUGCAUUGGCACAUCAACUGGCUGGAGUUGUUGGCAAUUCUGUUCGCCCUGCGGAGGUUUCAGCCUUUGAUCCAGGGCAAGCACGUGUUAGUUCGGACAGACAACACGGCAACGGUAGCAUAUGUCAACUGCUCGUUGUAUAUCACAACUCGCCCGCCAUCUCCUCCUCUGGAGUCAGCAGCACUUCAAGUCGUUGCGAGCCACUCAUAUCCCGGGCAACCUCAACACUACAGCGGACGCGCUGUCACGGCAGGUUAACCUCAGGGGAGAGUGGAGACUCCACCCUCAGGUGGUCCAGCUGAUUUGGAGUCAAUUCGGAUAGGCACAGGUGGACCUGUUCGCCUCCCAAGAAUACUCCCACUGUCCGCUCUGUUACGCCCUCCAAGGCUCCCCUCGGCAUAGACGCGCUGGCACACAGCUGGCCCCCUAAGUGGUGUUCUUCCCGACGGGAAGACCCCCAGAGAUGCGCAGUCGGAUCAGUGCUUUCCUGCCUGCAGGAGAGGUUGGAAGGGAGGUUGUCCCCUUCCACCUUGAAGGUGUACGUUGCCGCCAUAGCAGCACACCACGACGCAGUCGACGUAAGUCCUUAGGGAAGCACGACCUGAUCAUCAGGUUCCUAAGAGGUGCCAGGAGGCUGAAUCCCUCCAGACUGCACCUCGUUCCCUCAUGGGACCUCUCUGUAGUUCUUCAGGGUCUACAGAGAGCCUCCUUUGAGCCUUUGCAGUCAGCCGAGCUUAAGGCACUCUCCUUGAAGACUGCCCUCCUGACUGCACUCACUUCCAUCAAGAGGGUAGGAGACCUGCAAGCGUUCUCUGUCAGCAAAACGUGCCUGGAGUUCGGUCUGGGUUACUCUCACGUGAUCCUGAGACCCCAACCGGGCUAUGUGCCCAAGGUUCCCACGACCCUUUUUAGGUUCCAACACCUUUGCAAGGUUCUACAACCUCCGGGUGGAACCGGUUUCGUCCCAGGUAGUGGCACGCAACACAAGCGGAUAAGCCCGGGAUAGCCGGCCGGGUGUAUCGCUUGCACAUAGCACCUUCCACUUCCUUUUGAGCUGAAGACGUGCGCCAUUAAUUCCCAGUAGUGUUCACAAGUUUUUUCCCUGAUUGACUUCCUCCGAGCCCUGUGGCAGUCGAGUUUUCGGAGAGACUCGCUGCCGGCCCAGUACACGUGCUAACUAAGAGUCCUGUUCUGGGGUAGGUGCUCCUGUAAGGCUAACCCCAUGCGAUAUAUAUCUUCCGCUAAUUUGUUUCCCUGUUGGCAAACUGCGUCUUCCUUGGGCAGAACCCCUCUGCCCCAGUCUCCAUGUUUGUAGUAACUCCUCCCCCAUUGGGUAGGAUCUACCUUGAAGACUCUCCACAUGGUUGGAAAGACCAUGUGACGUAUUCUUCCACUUAAAUAUCCCCCCUCUCUUUGGGCGAGGUGUGGUCUCUGCAGUGUCUUCCCCUUGGGAGGGACACCCCCCGACUAGACCUGGCGGCCCUGUCGGAUAAUCCCCCUUCUUUUUUAGGGAGUGGAAAAAAGAGAAGGGGAAAAGAGGCCACGACUGGGUUAAGCCUGUCUCUAUCUCUUGGGUAGUUGGCUUGUCCCCAAAGGGCCGUUCGACACUCAUAACUAUGUUUGGGGAGGAUACGUGUCAACCUGGUGUGCUGGCUAUGAGGCACACAGUAGUCUGCCCACCACACACUGCCAGUUCACGUAACACAGUUCAGCCAAUUGUGGCAUUUCAUAUAGGGACCCCUAGUGUCACUACAUCGACACAACGUCGAGUGAGUGACAGAUAGGGAAUGUCGUGGUUACACAAGUAACCACAACGUUUUCUUGCAUUGUUGGGUUUUUAGAAUGAGCUGCUUUUUGAUUACUCGUAUAUUGUUGUGCAUGUAAACACAUGUAAUGAAUUUGCUUAAUGAGGAACCAGUAUUUAUGAGAACAUUUUGCUAGAACUGCUAGGACUUAGCCCUUUAGUGAAAUUGUUACUUUGAUUUGUUCAGAUU